CCGCAUUAGCGCUACUACGUAGUCACUAUGUCAAAAGAAUACGUAAGACUUCUUCAGGAUUUCAAGGAAGAGCUCAAAACAGAGUUUAGAACGUUUAAAGAAGCUAUGGAAAGAAACAUGCGCACAGAGGAACGCAAAGUUCACGGGGAGCUGGAGGAAAUGAAGAAAAGCCGGGAAUUCUUUAGUAACAGCUUCGAGGAAUCCAACCGUCUGGUUUCAACCGCGGUUGCCGAAAACAAAGCUUUAAUGAAACAAAACGAAGAACUUCACCAGAGAGUAAACCUGCUUGAAAAGAAUCUUGGUGAAUGCCAAGCAAACCUGGUCAAAGCCGAACAAUAUUCCAGAAACAGAAAUUUGGAAAUCAAGGGCGUGUUGCAAAGUCCCAAUGAAAGCAUUCCAGAUGUCCUGAAGAAGUUAGGUGAUGCUGUUGGCGAAGCUAUCACAAGUGCUGAUAUAGAAGUGUGCCACAGAGUAAACACCAGAGACAAAAAGAACACUAACAUUAUCGUACAAUUUCAAAGGCGGAGUAAGCGCGACCAAGUGCUAGAAAAAGCACGAAAGAAGCGAUUGACGAACAAUCAUCUUGGUCUGUCAUCAUCAGGAGAAGCCCCCGAAGACCCACCAAUUUACAUUAAUGAGCACCUCUGCCCACAUCUCAAGAAACUCUUGGGAAAUACGACUGCACGCAGGCGCGAAUGUGGGUGGAAAUACGCAUGGUCCAAAAACGGAUCCGUUUACGCUCGUCGAACUGACACAUCACCUGUCCUGCUAGUUCAGCGCGAAAGCGAUCUUGACAAGAUCACCGCGUAACAUCCCGUGACGUUCUAACCAUCACUGCUGCGUCCGAACGAUGGCGAACGAUGCAAUUCUCCCUGCGCACGUUGCGCAAAUUACAGCAGAUAUAAAAACCAGUAAAUCGGUUAAACUUUUGCAUAUUGACGCUAGAUCAAUCAGAUCAAAAAGUGAUGACAUAAUGACAUUUAUCUAUUCUUGUAAUACAGCGUUCAAUGUAGUUAUGUUUACCGAAACAUGGUACGAUGAUGACACUGAGCAUCUUGUGAUGCCCGGGUACAACCACUUCUUCUU